CACAAAGACAGAGGAGCUAAUUUUUUCCUUAUUUCUGCAAUUUCAAUCAUUUUCAGUCUGAACUGAAAGUAACCCACCCACCUGAUAUUUUCUGUCUGAACUUGGGUCUCGCUUGUAUUAAUAUCUUCUCCGGGCAAAGGGUUGCUAGCGAAGAACAAUGGGUGUUCUGGAUCACUUCUCCGAUCUCUUCGACUGCUCCAGCGGCAGCUCCAAGCUCAAGAAACGCAGGCAGCUGCAGACAGUGGAGGUCAAGGUGAAGAUAGACUGCGAAGGCUGCGAGCGGAAAGUGAGGCGGGCCCUGGAGGGGAUGAAAGGAGUGCAGUCCGUGGACAUCGAACCCAAGGCACACAAGGUCACAGUCGUGGGAUACGUGGACACGCACAAGGUGGUGUCUCGCAUCACCCACAGGACGGGCAAGAGGGCCGAGCGAUGGCCCUAUGUGCCAUACGACGAGGUGGAACACCCUUACGCCCCUGGGGUGUACGACAGGAAGGCUCCUGCCGGUUAUGUCAGAUACUCCUCUGACCCUCACAUGAACCAACUCGCCCGUGCCAGCUCUACUGAAGUCCGGUACACCACAGCUUUUAGUGAUGAGAAUACCGCAGCUUGUGCUGUCAUGUGAAGUGAAGGUUUUGCGGCACUGAUCAAUGACUACCAAAGUUAUAUCGGGUCAUUGGUGAUCAUUUGUUAGGUCGAUGCUGCUUAUACAUUUGUUGAACUAUGUGUGCCGUUUCUCCUUUUCUUUAUCCUGUCUUGGAAUCAUUGUGCGCGCCGUAUCGGAAUGAUAUACAAGAUCAUCAAAUCUAUAUGCAUUUGAAUCUGUUGGGUAUGUAGAGAGAUUCAUUUAUCUGAAGGAGAAGUUUUGAAUU